UCACAAAUAUGAAAGCUUAGAAGUUACUGCUGAAUUGAAGUCUCAAAGAAAUUUGAAGCCAACACAGUCAACGCACUUCAUUAGCCAUUUGCAUAGUACAGUUGCAAUGAUAAAGACGGUCAAGCCUGUAAACUCGGUUAAGUAACGAAGAUCGUCUAAUAUAAGAGACACGAGACAGUGACGAGGGAGGUCGAAAGAGGGUGGAGAAUUGUUUGGUGGUAGGGAGAAGAGGAGGAAUCGGUCAAGAUCGGAUAGUGAUACUGUGUUAGAGUGGUGGGGUAAAAUCAUAGGAAGCGGGAGGGAGAAGGAAACGCAGUCCCUCAGAUGGAGAAAGGGAUGGAGGGAACGCAAGUCUCGGCUUUCAGCUACGCGAACGCUUCUCCGUCAGUCAAUUCGCAAACGUCCAACGAGAUGGACCUAAACUCAAAGAUACUAAGGAACUGAACACCGCUGGUGACAAGUUAAAUAACAAUUGGCACUGGGACACUUCCGGGAGACACAUUGCACGGGACAGGAAUAGCAUCGGUGGAAUUAUUAGGUUCGGACUGACGAACUGGUACUGCUGUUCUCGGUUGAGAAGAUUAAGAACCGACGAGUUGAGGAACUGGUUAAAAAAAGUUGUUCAUUAUCAGAGACAAUAAAUUGUGGAGGAUAGAAAAAAAAUUAAAUUUGAAGAUCAGUGACCGAGGGAACUUACUCUGAAGUUUUAUUAAUACUGUAUAAAGAUGUUGAAGUUAGUAACGAUAUUCGUGGUCCUUGUGGCUGCUACGUUGGCGGUUCACGACAAGUUUCGUGUUGAAUUCCAAUGGAAAUACAUAAACGUGACAUGGCCAUCGGAAGACGCGCGACUGGCGGCCCUGCAAAAUGAAGAAUAUAUACCAGAAAAUAAUGCCAUUGCUGGUAUUAAAUUAUGGAAACAUAGGAUGUACCUGACAGUACCAAGAUGGAAAAACGGUGUUCCUGUGACAUUAGGAGUGACAUCGGCUACACCACAGAAUAACGUAACAGCACCGAAUCUUGAACCUUAUCCCAAUUGGGAGAUGCAAAAGGUUGGAAAUUGCAAAGCAUUCCAAUUCGUUCAGAGUAUGGAGAUUGAU